AUGUUGUCCUCUCUUCUCAUCGUUGCCCUUUUCCUUCCCUGCUGUUUGUCGUUUCCCGUUCCCCAAAAUGUUGUUGAUGAUUUGAAGAUCUUUAAGAGUUACUUCGAUCAAUUCUUAUUCACCAAAGAAUCCCAGAACUCUACUCUGGAGUCUCAAUUGCGCUUCUUGCAGUGUUUCUACAAAUUGGAAGAAACUGGCUUGUUAGAUGAGCCCACAAAGGCCCUAAUUCGUGCACCUCGAUGUGGGGUUCGAGAUGUUGCCGAUUACUCCUUUUUUCCUGGGAUGCCCAGAAUUGAAAAUAACCCUGUAACAUACAGAAUCGUUAACUAUCCAAGCUACUUGGAGUUUAAGGACGUUGCAGCGAUCGUGCAGAAGGCAGCGGAAGUCUGGAGCAGUGUGACCCCCUUAAAAUUCCGAAGAGUAAAUCAUCAAAAUGCUGACAUUUCACUUGCUUUCUACUCUGGAUAUCAUGGUGACUUCGCCUCCUUUGAUGGAAGAGGAAACAUUGUAGCUCAUGCUUUUGCUCCACAUCCUUACUACCCAGGAGAAAUCCACUUCGACAGUGAUGAAGAAUGGACAUUUUCUGAGAGGGGGACCAACUUGUUCCUGGUAGCUGUUCAUGAGAUAGGCCAUUCUCUCGGUUUAGGACACUCUUGGGAUCCAGAUUCCAUCAUGUACCCCCCCUAUCAAUACCAGGACACAGAAAAUUUCAAACUCAGUGCUGAUGAUAUAAGAGGGAUCCAGAUCCUUUAUCCAAGACGAAGACGCUUAGGCUUCCCAAUAUUCGACUACCAACAUUCUAAACUUGAUGCAGCUAAAUCCUCUUCCAAAGAAAGUAAAAUUUCCUUGACUCAGAAAGCAAACCAGUAA